AGAAAUGUGACGUCGCAAGCUGCACACAAUGAUCACAAUUCAGUUUCAGUGAAGCUCAAGAGGAGAUCUCCAAACAAAUAGGAUCAACUGAAAUCUGCAAUGAUGGAGUUUGUGAAAGAGGAGAGUGAGAACAUGAGUGAUCCAGAAGCCUUCAGAAUAAAACAUGAAGAUACUGAGGAACAAAGAGACCUGAUGGAAGUGAAGGAGGAAAGUCAAGAGCUGAAAAUACUUUCCCAGACUGAAAACAAUUUCACACAGAAAAAGCAUUUUCCCUGCACUCAGUGUGGAAAGAGUUUCACAUGUAAAACAAGUCUUAUGAUUCACAUGAGAGUUCACACUGGAGAGAAACCUUUCAUGUGUGACCAGUGUGGAAAGAGUUUCACACAAAAAGGAGCACUUGCUGGGCACAAGAGGGUUCACACUGGAGAGAAAUUUUUCACGUGUGAUCAGUGUGGAAAGAGUUUCAUACGUAAAGGAGGCCUUAAGCUUCACAUGAGAGUUCACACUGGAGAGAAGCCGUACACAUGCCAUCAGUGUGGAAAGAGUUUCACACAAAAGGAGUACUCGAUGGGCACGUGAGAGUUCACACUGGAGAGAAACCACACACAUGUGAUCAGUGUGGAAAGAGUUUUGCACGAAAAGAAUACCUUACAAACCACAUGAGAAUCCACACUGGGGAGAAACCACACACAUGCCAUCUGUGUGGAAGGAGUUUCGCAUUCAAAAAAAGCCUUACGCGCCAUGUGAGAAUUCACACUGGAGAAAAGCCGUACACUUGCCAUAAGUGUGCAAAGAGCUUCACAUGGUCAACAUGUCUCCGCGAUCAUCUGCUCUCUCAUACUGGAGAAAGGCUAUGUAACAGUGAUCAGUGCGGUAAAAGUUUUAAAGUGGAAACAGCCCUGAAUACCCACCUGAAUGUUCGUGCAGAGGAAAAGCAUCACGUAUGUUCUAUAUGUGGAAAGGGUUUUACAUUGCUGAACAGUUUGAAAAAGCACCAGAAGAUACACACUGGUGUGAGGGAUCAUGUGUGUUUUCAGUGUGGCAAGGCUUUUAUUCGAGUCAGCCGAUUGAAAGAGCAUCAGAGAAUUCACACAGGAGAAAAACCCUACAAGUGUUCACAUUGUGACAAGAGAUUCACUUGCUCAUCAAACCUGAAAACGCAUGAGAGAAUCCACACAGGAGAGAAGCCGUUCCACUGCCCUUCAUGCGGGAAGAGUUUCGCCUCAUCAAGUCAACUACAAAGUCACAUGAAAAAGCAUCAUCCAGAGUUGUCAAAGAAACGCUGUUGCCGUCAUGGACUGUUCACGUGUCAUUUUAAAGUUAUCAACUGAAUGUAACCGAAUGGUAUGAAGCGGGCUGAGGCAUGACAUGGCAUGGGGAAGACUCAGGCGUGGAGGUGACAUGGCAUGGAGCUGACUCUGGCGUGGCUGUGACACGGCCUGUAGCUGACCCUGGCGUGGCUGUGACAUGGCCUGGAGCUGACUCUGGCGUGGCUGUGACAAGGCCUGGGGCUAACUCUGGCAUGGAUGCCAUGACAUGGAACUCGGGCUUGGCGGCCAAGUCGUGGAAGGUGGAGCUGUGGGAGGCUUGAAACUAAAUGUCUUAGAUGACUGGGAAAAGACCUCAGUGGUCAUGAACAUGAGCAGAGUCUUGGGAGUGACCUCUGUUGUCUUGGGUAUGGACUGAGUCUUGGGAACGACCUCUGUGAUCGUAUACAUGGCAGAGAUUUGGAAACGACCUCCGUGGUCGUGUACAUGGGCAGAGACUUGAAACGACCUCUGUGAUCGUAUACAUGGGCAGAGAUUUGGAAACAACCUCCGUGGUCGUGUACAUGGGCAGAGACUUGAAACGACCUCUGUGGUCAUAUACAUGGGUAGAGACUUGGAAACGAAAGCCUUUCUCCUCCUCCUCCAGGAGGCCAAAUUUGGCAGCACAGGCUCUGAGAUGGACAAGAAGAACUAAUCAAUCUAGCCAUGCAUUGCACUUGCAAUAACAGAUUAACUGGUUCCUGCGGUUUUAACAUUUGUUGUUUCUCUUGACGUGAGAGUUUGUUUGA